UUAGAUUAUCCUACUAAUUCAUAUCCAGAGCCAGUAUUUAUUGAUAAAUUACCAAACGAUGUAAUUAAACACGUAAAAAGUAGCAAUAACAAAGUUCUUACAGCUGCAUUAGAAGCAUCUAUUCAAAAAGAACAAAAUUCACAACCAACAGAUCGAUCUGAAUCAACGAGUUCAUCGUUAAAUGUUCAACCGACAACUAUUAUGCAUCAUGUAGCACAACCUCAUGAACGAGUUCAACAAUCUCGAUCUGUAUCUGCAAAUGAUUCUGAUAGUAGUACUGCAGUAUCUUCAUCGACGACUACAACAUCGUCAUCAAGCGAAGAAACUGACAGUGAAGAAUCAGAAUCUAUUCCAGCAAAAAUAGUAAUUUAA